AUGGACAUUGACGUCGGCGGAGAUUCGCCCUGGGGCGAUGUUCCUUCACAAUCCCCCCCAACUGCCAAAGCUCCAGAAGGCACAGACUCAUCCUCGAAGUCGAAGGCGCCUGAGCCUCUCGAACCAGCCUCAACCCAAGCCAUAAAAUCGCCCUUAGGACGCGGACGACAACCGCGUACACCCCGCCGGGCAGUCGCCCAACAAGUACACCUUGAAGCACUCGAUGAUUCUCUAGGACCUUUGGGACCACUAGGCGACAAUGCGCCAACGACGCAGCCGGAUGAGCCCCCGAUACCACCGCAGAAGGAGCAGGUGGUAACGCACAAUAUUAGGCAGCCUAUGGCGUCUUCGCAACCUUCGAUAGGUAGGAGCAUGUUGGACUCUGUAGAUUUGAACGAGGACCUCGAAUCGGCCUCUACUGGGUCGAGGGUUCCGCCUCCAGUUCAACCUUCACAGGGCACCCCCGUGAAAAGAGAGACCCAGCCUAGUGUUACUAUCGAGCAAGCUGCGAAGCCUACAUUUGAGAUUACGGUUGGGGAUCCACACAAGGUUGGAGACUUGACAAGCUCGCAUAUUGUAUAUCUUGUUCGAACGAAAACUACUUCAAAAGCCUAUCGGCAACCUGAGUUUGCGGUUACCCGGCGAUACCGGGAUUUCUUAUGGCUUUACAAUUCUUUGCAUGCGAGCAACCCCGGAAUCGUCGUUCCCCCGCCACCAGAGAAGCAGGCUGUUGGUCGAUUCGACACUAAUUUUGUUGAGUCAAGAAGGGCGGCUCUUGAGAGAAUGCUAAACAAGACUGCUACACACCCUACUCUUCAGCACGAUGGUGAUCUGAAGUUGUUUCUCGAGAGUGAGGCUUUUAAUGUGGAUGUGAAGCACAAGGAGCGGAAAGAGCCUGGCCUUAGCGAGAGCAAAGGCAUGUUCAGUGGACUGGGUAUAUCUGUUGGCGGCGGAGGGAAAUUCGUGGAGCAAGAUGAUUGGUUCCAUGACCGCCGGAUAUACCUUGAUGCUCUUGAGAACCAACUCAAAGCGCUAUUAAAGGCAAUGGAUACUGUCGUCACCCAACGAAAAGGAAUCGCCGAGGCAGCAGGUGACUUUUCUAACUCUCUCCAUGCACUCUCCAUGGUUGAGCUCUCCCCAUACUUAUCAGGUCCAUUGGAGGGACUUUCGGAUUUGCAACUCCGUAUAAGGGAGCUCUAUGAUCGCCAAGCACAGCAAGACGUUUUGACACUUGGUAUCACCAUUGAUGAAUACAUACGAUUAAUCGGAAGCAUCAAGCAAGCCUUUGGCUCUCGCCAGAAGGCAUAUCAUUCCUGGCAUUCCGCCGAAUCAGAGCUGCAAAAGCGCAAAGUUACGCAAGAGAAAUUGUUGCGUCAAGGGAAGACCCAACAAGAUCGACUAACCCAAAUGCAUGCAGAUGUAGCGGAUGCGGAGCGCAAAGUGCAUCAAGCAAGGCUACUGUUUGAGGAUAUGGGUCGUUUAAUGCGGAGUGAACUUGAACGAUUCGAACGCGAAAAGGUCGAAGAUUUUAAGAGCGCAGUGGAGACAUUCUUGGAAAGUGCUGUUGAGGCACAAAAGGAGCUUAUCGAACUAUGGGAAACUUACUUAAUGCAACUCGAUGCGGAGGAAGAUGCGAAUGCCUUUUAUAAACCCCCUGUGGAGCCGGCUGCACGUGCAUCGGCUGAGAGGCUCUCCGGGGAGACACGCGUAGAUUCGCAGCAACGGGGCGCUGUUGCGACGGGCGAGGAGUCGGAUUGA